AUGGCAGAAUUUGCUUCAGAUACCUUAGACCAAUCUUCCUCUUCAGCACCAGUGAAAUACAAAGUGGUCUUUCUAGGAGACCAAUCUGUUGGUAAAACAUCAAUAAUUCUGAGAUUUAUGCAUGAUACCUUCGAUUCGCAGUACCAAGCCACGAUCGGAAUUGACUUUUUAUCAAAAACUAUGCUAGUUGACGACAAAAUGGUGAGGCUACAGCUUUGGGACACUGCUGGGCAAGAACGAUUCAAGUCACUGAUUCCUUCCUAUAUUCAAGACAGCUCUUUCGCUAUUGUGUGAUACGACAUUACAAGCAAGGCUAGCUUUGAGCAUGUAAGAACUUGGGUCGAAGACGCUAGGAACAUUAGGGGAGACGACGUCUCAAUUAUAGUCGUAGGUAAUUAAAAUCGAUCUUGCUGACCAGAGAGAAAUCUAUACUGAAGAAGGCACAAAACUUGCCUCAGAAUUAGGAGUAGAAUUUAUUGAGGUUUCUGCCAAGGCUGGUAUAAACAUCAAAGCUCUAUUUAAAACACUUGCUUCUAAUCUUCCCGGAGCUGAUGAUACUGCAGCAAAGGAGUCAAGUGUCAAGAUUAAAAAGGAAGAGAUUCAGAAGCUCAAAGAAGAUGAUACAGAAGAAGGUGCAAAAAAGUCAGGUUGCUGAUAA